AUGGAAUAUUUAUUACUUCCUAAUAUAAAAAAAUGUGAGAAUGUGUUUUUUUUUUUAUUUAAAAAAUAUAAAUUCACCAGUUUUAUUUCAAAUCAUAAAAAUAUUUAUGAUAAUGUGUUAGUAUGUAAAGAAAUAAAUGAUUAUAAUUUCAGCAGUAUUAUAAAAAAUGAAAAGACUUUUUUAAUUUAUGGGUAUGCUGACUAUUCUCAUCAAUGUUUAAAUUAUCUUAAUAAAAUAAUUGAUAUAAGUAAUAAUGAAUUGAAGUGUAAGUUAAAUAAAAAAAUACCAAUAUACAAAUUAAAUAUCAGUAAUAAUCAUUUACUAAUUCAAAAAUUUCAUAUAAAAUCUAUUCCUUUAAUUCAAUUAAGACAUAAAAACAAAUUAAUUGAGGAAAUAACAGGAAAUCAAUUAAAUGAACUUAAUUUAAAAAAAAUAUUAAAUAGGUGUCAUAGCUACUUUAAUACAAUAAGCCAAGUAGAUGAUAUCAGUGAUUUUUUGAUUAGAGAAGAAGAGCUUUCCCAUAUGAACUAUAUAGAAGAUAUGAAAAAGGAUGAAUUAUAUUUAAAAAACGAUAUAAUAUUAAAAAAAAAGGAUUAUAUAGAUAAUGAAAAUAAGCAUUUUUUUAAAAAUGAUGUAUUAAAUAAUCUACAAUCAAAAUACAAUUGUCAAUCUUAUGUAAUAUUUAAAAAAUUAGAGUUGUUGCUAAAUGAAAAGAAGAAAAAUAUAACAUUUAUUAAAUUUUUUUUAAAUGAGAUACUUAUGAAUCAUAGUACAUACUUAGAUAUAAAUCUCAAUUAUAAUAAAAUAGCAGCAAAAGGAUUUCUCUAUUUAUUUGAUGAGGAACUCUUAUCUCUUGAAAAAGUAAUUGAAUUAAAAAAUUAUUUAGAUGAAACAAAUCAAAUAAAUAUAGAAAUAUUGAAUUCAAUCCAUUUCAAAGAGCCAAUAAUUACUUUUGAUAACUCUAAAAUUAUACAUUUAAACAAAAUUAAAAAUAUAGAUGAAUUUUUGUCAAGAGAAGAGGAAAUGAAUGAUAUAAAGAUGUCAUUAAAGAAAAACGCUUUAAAAGAAAAUAUACAAAAAGGUGAUAAUAUAAAAAUAGAAAAUGAAAUAAAAAUAAAGUAUUUAAGUAGGAUCUAUAGAAUUUUAGCAAUAAAAUAUCUAGAUAUAGAAGAUAUAGACAAUUUGUUACAUUGCGCAUUAGAGUCUUAUAAAUUAAGUUUUCCUUUAAACAAUCUAGAUCAUAAGAAAUCGAAAGUUCUUAUUGAAAAUAUUAUUUUAUAUUUAGGUGCUUAUAAUGAAAAUGUAAUUAAAUUUUUGAGUCAAUUGCAAUUCUUGUUUACAGACAAAAUUUUUAAAGUAGUUAGAUUUCCACACACUAGAGCAGUGAAAGGUGGUAAGCCAAUGAUGAAAAGAGGAAAAUCAGGAAAAUGGCUUUGGCUAAGUCAGGAUUGGAAACCAAGAUGGGUAAAAAAAAAAGUAAAAUUAAUUUUAGAAGAAGAAUGGAAGUGUGUUCCUGAUAAAAAUGUCCCAUUUUGGAAUUAG